AACCUUUCCCCUUCAUACACCUUAUUUCUCGUCUUCAUCAUGAAUAUCAGGAGUAUGAUCAACUUAAACACUUCAAAAAAUCAUUUUUUAAGGCUUCGUAUACCGUUAGAUAGCUACGUUCUGAAGUUCACUUUUUUUUUUUUUUUUUGUCAAACCAAAUCCCGAGGCAACAUAUAUUCUCUUUUUAUCUUUCUGUUGGAAUGCAUAGAAUUCCCAUAAAAACUAGUGGAGCGGAAGUCCGAAUCCGAGGAGAAAGGAAUAGAGAAAUGGAACAGUUUUCAAUUUCCACUUUUCUGUCCCCUUAGCUAUUUGUAUAUAAAUCAUUCAUCCAAAAGGGUCUUAUGUACAUUAUGCAUGCAAGAACACACAAGUAUAGAUUGUAAUAAAAAAAUGCAGAGUAUGACGAAGAAGAAGAAGGCAGCCAAUUCUAAUAGUAAUGUAAAUAAUAGUGAUGGAGCUAAUCAAAAACAAAGACGUAUUGUUUCUUGGUCUCAAGAGGAGGAUGAUAUACUACGAGAGCAAAUUCGUAUCGAUGGAACUGAUAAUUGGACGAUCAUAGCUUCAAACUUCAAGGAUAAAACAACCCGACAAUGCAAAAGAAGAUGGUUCACUUAUUUGAACUCAGAUUUCAAAAAAGGUGGAUGGUCACCUGAAGAAGAUAUGCUUUUAUGCGAGGCUCAGAAGAUCUUUGGAAACAGAUGGACCGAAAUUGCCAAGGUGGUUUCAGGCAGAACGGAUAAUGCUGUGAAGAAUCGGUUCACUACACUGUGCAAAAAGAAAGCAAAGCAUGAAGCACUGGCCAAAGAAAACAGCACUUCAUACAUUAAUCUAAAUAACAAGAGGAUUAUCUUUCCAUAUAGGCUCGAUAUUGAAAGAAUAUCUGAUGUUUCCGAGCCUAUUAAGAGGUUGAGGAAGAGCCACAUUUUAGAUGAUUAUGUGAAUAAAAAUCAACCGCAUAGACGUCCAUUUACAGUGCUUACUCAGAAUUUCCAUAUUGCGGGGGGAAAUGCACUAUCUCAUCAGCACGUCAAUAACAUGACAGAGACAUCUGAAAAUGCUAGUAAUAACAAAAGUCGAGGAACAUUCCUUAAGAAGAACGAUCCAAAGAUAUCUGUUUUGAUGCAGCAAGCAGAACUACUGAGCUCACUUGCACUCAAUGUUAAUGCGGAAUAUAGUAACCAGAGUCUUGAAAAUACCUAUAAGGAUUUUCUUCAUCAAACGAAGGAAGGUGAUAUGCUCAAGUUACGGCUUCCUGAGACGAAUUCAGGGCAUGAUACUCAAAUGGACCUCAUAAUAGACUCAAGUAGUAACGAAGGGAUCCGACCAUCUAAAGGGCAACCUGCUAUAUCUGAAGUGUCUGUUGGCAGUUCAGAGUACGGUACCGGAUCAACUCUACUGUCGCAUGCACUGGGUGAUAAAACAGAAGGAAAUCAAGUUAAGCCGUGUGCGCAAAGUUCUCAAAUAGGUGAUCAAACUGGUGUUCAAGAGUUGGAAAAUGGAAUCUGCUGUGAUCUUUCACCCCCUCAUGCAGAUACUCUGCCUGUUUGUGAUGAAACGAGAGUCAAUCAUGGAUUGGCAACAGUUGAAUGCGAAUAUCCUGAGGGAGAUUUCAGUUCUCCUCUCCAAGUAACUCCACCAUUCAGAUCAUUAGCUGCAGCAAUUCCUAGCCCAAAGUUUUCUGAAAGUGAGAGGCAGUUCCUAUUGAAGACACUGGGAGUUGAGCCUACAUCCCCUCAUCGAAGCACGCAACCUCCAUCUUGCAAAAGGGCGCUCCUCCAAAGCCUGUGAUCAACUGUAUUAAUGUCUCAUUCUUUUUCUGUGUUAUUGUGGAACUCGAAUGGGGGAAUUCGAUGUUUCCAUCACUACUAAAAAGUCUCUAUUUUCCCACUAAAUUUCUCGCUGAAUGUUGGUGGGAAAAACCUCUAUUUCUAGUAGUGCAUAAGUUUUUGCCAUUUUAUAAGCUUAUUGUACAUAAUGUAUAGUGUAACUACAAAUUGGCAACUUGCCAAAGCUUAUUGAGAAUAUGGAAGAGAAAUAUUAAGGGAACAUAGUGAAAGCAAGGAAGAUCAGACCUCCCAUUUGUUGUUUCUUUUAUUUGCUGCUCUUUUUGCAUUUAGAUGUUACUUAACAGAGUUUUAGUGCA